ACUGUACCGUAGCUGUUCCAGCGGAAAUACUUGGAAUAAUUCUACCACUUCUACUAGGAGUAGCCUUUUUAGUGCUAGCUGAACGUAAAGUAAUGGCUUUUGUGCAACGUCGAAAGGGUCCUGAUGUAGUGGGAUCGUUCGGAUUGUUACAACCUCUAGCAGAUGGUUUGAAAUUGAUUCUAAAAGAACCUAUUUCACCAAGUAGUGCUAAUUUCUCCCUUUUUAGAAUGGCUCCAGUGGCUACAUUUAUGUUAAGUCUGGUCGCUCGGGCCGUUGUACCUUUUGAUUAUGGUAUGGUAUUGUCAGAUCCGAACAUAGGGCUACUUUCGCUCCAAGGCCGGUUCUCAUCAACUGAGAGCUCCACUCCAAGAGAGGGAAAGCAGCACAAGGUGAAUUCCGUGAGACCUAUGAAUGCUUUGAAUGAGAUCUAUUAG